CACUAGUUCUUUUCUGCUAUUAUUGCUUUUGUUUAUUAGUGCGUGUCUUGGGUUUUCAAUCGAAUUUUCUGUUAAAAGUGAGACAGUGGACGGCCAAGAGCGAGAGAGUGAAAGACAGGGAGAACGCCAGAGUCGAAAACAUAAUUUAAUUAAAAUUUACUUACACCCAUACAAACACAUCGAUACGCAGCGCACUGCCAACUAAUCACAUUACCAGCCCAACUUACGGACAGUCAGCCCGCAGCGAGAACGACGAGUGCUUUUUGUGUUGCAUAUAUAUUUGGGCUCGGGCUAUUAUCGUAUUAGCAACUAGACUUUUGCAGAGUGGCAAAUUUAUUAUUUAUUUACUUGACUGGGGUGGUAUGUGGAUAAAUUUUAGCCGCCAUGGAUCCCAGUGCUCUACAAAACAUGGAUCGGGACGCAUUAAAGAAGCAAAUCGAAAAUAUGAAAUAUCAGGCCUCCAUGGACCGUUGGCCGUUGUCUAAAAGCAUUGCAGAAAUGCGGUCGUUCAUAGAGGAAAACGAGAAAAACGACCCGUUAAUCAAUGCACCGGACAAAAAGAACAAUCCGUGGGCUGAAAAGGGAAAAUGUGUUAUCAUGUAAUAUUAUCGUAAACCACAAAAAUACCAUAAUAACUCUAGACAGCCAACCAACAAUAUAAAUCCAAACAUGAUUCCCACAUCCAUAACAGCAACAAAUCAAUAUCAAAAUAAUAUAUUUCAAAAUAACCAAAACCAUAGAAACAACCGAUGUAGCAGUCAAAAUAUAUCGGGAAACCAAUACACUCAUCAGCAGAGUGCAACUGUCAACGAUAACUCCUUAGAUUCGGUAGAGCUGAAACAAAUACGUUGCCACAACAACAACUAUUACUAUUAUAACUACAAUCUGAGAUAUGACCCGGUGAACGAGUGUGUCGGGGCAAUGGCCCAACUGAGAAAGCUAAAGCGACGAACGCAACAGGAGCUGCAACAUUGGCCCGUGCUCAUGCAGAUUGUGGUGCUCUUUCUUUGGCUACACAAUAGAUUUUGGCAAAGUGUGCGCCAGCAACUCACGCGUCAUAGGCAGUGAGUGGAGGGUGGGGCAUGUCGCGAAAUUUCAGUUUAAAUGUACAUUUAACUUAUAAUUUGAAUAAAUUACUAAAAUGGCUACAUAGUAAAACCAAAA